CAGUUUAUCAAACUAUGAAUGAAAUAUUUGUAUUUACAUGGCUAAUUGUAAUUGUCAGAAUGGUUAUUUGAUAGUACAUUUCUAUUUGAUUGCAUGUUUGAUUCAUUCAAAAACAGUAUGUGAGUUUUUUAAUCCACAGGGUAACCAUAAUACCAAGAAUCUUAACCUGGAAAGACAUAAAGUGCACUAAUCAUGUUUUAUGCACAUUUUGUCUUGGCCAAAAAGGGGCCACUGGCCCGUAUUUGGCUGGCCGCUCAUUGGGACAAGAAACUCACAAAAGCUCAUGUAUUCGAAACAAACAUAGAAAAAUCUGUUGACGGUAUUCUGCAACCUAAGGUUAAAAUGGCUUUGAGGACAUCUGGGCAUCUCUUGUUGGGAGUAGUGAGAAUUUAUUCAAGGAAAGCCAAAUAUCUACUAGCAGAUUGCAAUGAAGCUUUUGUAAAAAUAAAAAUGGCAUUCAGACCAGGAAUGGUCGAUUUACCAGAAGAACAUCGGGAAGCUGCAGUUAAUGCAAUUACAUUACCAGAAGUUUUCCAUGACUUUGAUACUGCGAUGCCUGAGCUUAAAGAUGUGGAUAUCGAAGCACAAUUUAGUUUGAAUCAAUCCCGAGCAGAAGAAAUUACUAUGAGGGAAGAUUAUGGAAGUUUGUCUCUUGUUACACAUGAUCAAGGAUUUGGAGAUAUGAGUUUUGAUGCAGAACCACCCGAGCUGAUGAGACAUGCAGCUACAAUGGAACCUUCACUUGAUCAAAGUCACAUGCUGUUCAGCGAUGGCCCUGGAAUGGAAGCUGCACUUGAACCAAAAGAUAAAGAGCCAGUAGCUGGCACCUCUGCAGCUGCACAACCUAUGGAUAUCGAUACCCCAAUUAGGGAUGAUGGCUUUGGUGGUCAUCUGGGUCAAGAUAUAAUAUCCGGCGGAUUGUUUGAAGGUGGUCUUUUUGAUGAAGCGCCAAUGGGAGAAGUAGCAGUACCUGAGGUUAGCACAUUAAGCGAGCAACAAGAAGUUGCCGCUGCGGCAGGCGCCCCACCGGCAAUUCAUGAUGACUCUGACGAAGAUAUGGGUGAUCAUUUUGGCGGACCUCCAUCUCCUAUGGGGGGUAUGAGCAGCAGUGAGGGUUCAAGACCAGCUACACCUGCUGCGUUAGGGGAAGAAAUCGAGGGUAGAACGAGUGUGGCUAGUCGCCGAUUCACUCCUGCACCCCCAAUGGCUCUUGAAGAACACCCAGUAGACGCAAUUGAAGAGGCACAACCUCAGCAAGAACAAACAACUCUCCUUCACGAUGAGGAGGAAAGUUUCGCCUUGGCUCCAGUUGAUGCUUCUGCUCUUAAAGGGUUCACCAAGGCUAAACGUAAACGUAAACUCAUUGUCGAUGAAGUCAAAAAUAUCUCUGGAGAAGAAAUGAAAGCUCAACUGUCAGACACUAGUGAUAUUAUCACGACAUUAGAUUUGGCCCCUCCAACCAAGCGUUUAAUGCACUGGAAGGAGACCGGCGGUGUUGAAAAACUAUUUGCUCUACCAGGGAGACCAAUACCUGCUCGAGUCUUGUUCAAGAAUUAUCAACGGCACUUAACGAGUAAAUCUUACGACCACGAAGAUUUUGGUAGAUUAGAUGCGGAUGAAGAUGGUAUGCAACUAGAGCAAAUGAGAGAUGCCGCAGACAUGGAGCCAGCUAGUUUUGACCAGAGUAUCAUUGGUAAACGAAUGAGUCGAAAACGAAAAGCCCCUGCGGAUGAAGAGUCCAAACAGCAACUGACCACACAACAACAGAUAGAAUCAGAAGUUUCUCAAACAUCAGUUGCCAGUGAGAUGAUGGAAGUACCAAGUAUAGUACCACCAACCCCCUUACCUCCUCCAAGAUCACCAAUACCUCCAGAAGUAUCACUACCUCCUGAAACACCUGUUCCUGACAUCAGUGCUAUGCUUCCUUCCGUUGAUUCUAUUGAUCAAAUGGCCCUUCCCCCUGUCACUCCGUCCCUUAGUAUGGAAAUGCCUCAAAUACCACCAGCUGAAGUCAGCUCGCUACUCGGUACUACUGAACAGCCACAAGCACUACCUGAACAGACGGAAGAAACGAGUUUACAACCUUCUGAGCUUCCUCAGAUGGAAAAUAUGGGCUAUGAGCAGGGUCAAGCACAAGUACCAUUUUUGGGAUACGAUGAUCACCAGCCACUCGCGCACACACCAGGUGCGAUAUCAGAAAGGGGGCCGGCCACGCCCUGGAACCACGAAGACUACGAAUUCCCUCCUUCUGUUGGUCCGCUAGAGGAACAGCAGGUUGAUGAAACCUACGAGCAAUUUGAAGAACGAGUAUUAAACAAGAGAGCAGCUCACAUGUACCAUUUAAUUAAGAGCAAACUAGAGACCAAAGAUCAUUUGACCUUGUCGGAUAUGGCCUAUAAAAACAAUCGCAAACAGGCCGCACAGAAAUUCUACACGUUAUUAGUUCUUAAAAAAUUCCAAGUGUUGGAAUUGAACCAGGAAUCUUCGUACGCUGAUAUUGUGGUUACCCCAGGAUCCAAAUUCGAAAAUCCAGCGUUAUAAGUAUACCUUCUGUUAUCAGAUCAUGAAAUCGUGUAAACAUGCCUGCGUUGUCCUAUUGCGCGUUUACUACGAAUAAAGUUACAUGAAAAUGUUUGUUGGCAAAGAUCGACGAGUUAAUGAUGGAAACUAUAGAUAUAUUUUAUAAAUCGCAUAAUUUCUGAUAAUCUUGUCAAUACAAAUAAUCGGUCCUGGAAUAUUUAUUUAACAAUAUUCUUUUAUUUUUGACGUUAGAUAGGUUUACCUGAGAAAACAUUUUUACAUUAUUUUCACUUUACUCUGAAGAUUGUUUAUGAACGUGGUCUUGAAAUCUUCAUUUGAACUUGAGUAUACGCCUUGUGAAUUUCUCGUGUUAUUAUUUUUUCUCUACUCAAAAUUUUAUCGAGAAUGAACCUUGGUUUUAUUUCGAAUGCAUAUCGCGUCAAUAAUUUUAGUUUUAUUCUACUUUCAAGUCAGAUUUGUUUUGAUCCCGAUUCUCAUUUUUAUGAUAAUAACAACUGUAAUUAUUUUUGGCUUUUUCACGUGUAAUCAGUGUAAAUACCAUAAUAUUUGGAGAAAAACUCGUAUAACACUGCUUUGCGACCCUACUCAUUGAUCAAGGUCUAAAAUUUUUCUACUUACUAGUAGAAUGAUGGACAAACACAACAAAUUUUAGUACUUUUUCAUAAUCUCGUGUACUGUACAAAUGAAUGAAAGAUGAGUAAAUGGAAUUUCUAUUCAAGCUUUCCACAUACUCAAUAUGAAAUUGAUCACUUGACAACUUUUUUUGAGUCAUCAAUUUCAUGUUAUUAAAAUCUUUGUUAUUAAUAAAUCUCAUCUCACCUUGGUACAAAACCUCAACACACGCGCUUUGAAUUUGAAUACUAAUUUUUUUCUCACGUUACUUUCACCAGGAUUCCAAUAAUCAUAUCACAGUUUACGUAAACAAUUACUUAUACAGUUUAAAUAAAGAGAAAAAUAAGAAAAAAUUUGAAGAUAUGAUCUAUCGAGAAGGUUACAGACAGUGGCUUUGUUCCACAAUAAUCAGAUUGCUUAAAAAAAAAUAAUAAUUGCCUCUUCAGAUCAAUUUGUUGUACUGUUAUUUACUGCAACGCUCGUUGUUGAAUAGUUCUAAUGUAAAACUCUCCUAGACUCUCACUAUCUUAUUUGAAAUAUGUUGACCAUUCAAAAAAGUUUGACUGAAUCGUGACUAUUACUUUGUUACAAUGGUAGCUGUGGUAACAAAUUAUGAAAAAAAUUGAAAUCAUAGCAUAGUUGAGCCCUAAGUAACGUCCCGACACUGCGUAAUUUUGAUUAAAUCAUUAUUAAGAGAUUUACUCGCAUCAAAUGUUAUCAGCAAAUAAGAUCGAUAUUUUAUUUUGCUGACUAGCUGGCGUUUCUCCUUAUUCGUUGGUUCAAAGAUUCACGAUUGUAUAAAUUCAUUGUAUAUUGUACGUGGCACUCUAUUUCAUCAUCAAAACACAAAAGAAAGAAAAAUGUUAUAUUCUGAAUAAUUUUUGUUAUAUCAAUCCAAUAAUGUAACGUACUCUUCUAAUAUAGAUUAAAAUAUGAGAUCAUUAAAUGUAAUAUAUUAUUAUAUAAAAUUGUAUCAAUUAAAGGGAUUCUGGAAA